AUGAAGCUUGCGCGGGAGUUCCUCGCUGAAUACUACAAUUCACUUUUGACUCUGAGCAAGAAGCAUGAAAAGAAAGCUGAGGAGCCCAUUGCUCAAGUGCAAGUGCAUGAAGAUGGGGAAGAAGUGCCUGGAUCGCUUUCUGUCGACGAGCUCACUGACAGAAUCAGGGAAAUUGAAAAGGAUCUAGUGCCUCUGCUUACUGGUUCGGAUGAUCCACUCUACUGA